AUGACGGCCGACAGGAAGAUCCAGCUCGUGCGCAUCGCCCACGUGGUGUACAAGCACAAGGACAUCGAGACCGCCCGCACCUUUUACGCCGACUUUGGCUUCGCCGAGACCACGCGCGUGGGCAACCGCACCUACUUCCGCGGCUACGGCACCGAUCCCUUUGUCAUCGCCGCCGAGGAGGGCGACGAGGACGAGUUCCUCGGCCCCGCCUUCGUAGUCGAGUCGCUGGACGACCUCGAGUACGCCUCCAAGACCCUGCCCCAGGCCACCGAGGUCUACGAGCUCAAGGAUGUCCCCGGCGGCGGCAAGUGCGUCACCUUCCGCGACCCCGUCGACAACUGGCACUUCCCCGACCUCAAGGUCAACUAUCCUACCUUGAAGAACCGUGGUGUCAAUGAGAAGCAGCGAUUCACGAAGCGGCCUGCUCCCGUUCACAAGCUCGGCCACUUUGGCCUCGUCCACGACCCCACCGGCAAGGACGUCACCGUCUUUUACCGCAUCAACCGCGGCAAGGAACUCGUCGACCACCACGUCUUCUUCUUCUUCGAGGGCCCCAAGUACCACGUCCACCACUCCUCCUUCGAGACCCACGACUUUGACGCCCAGGUCCUCGGCCACGACUGGCUCAGGCACAAGGGCUACGAGAACUGCUGGGGCGUCGGCCGCCACAUCAUGGGCAGCCAGAUCUUUGACUAUUGGUUCGACCCUUCGCGCUUCGUCAUGGAGCAUUACGUCGACGGCGACUUGCUCGACGAUAGCGAGCCUACUCACAGGACCUUGGCGUCUCCCGAUAGCCUGCACGUCUGGGGACCCGAUCUUCCUCCGGACUUCUUGAAAUAA